AUGCACUUUCUAGGAGGGCGUCGUCCCGGCUCGCGCAGCUCCAACGACAACAGACCUGCCAGUAUCGCGAGGCCUCUGACUUCUCAAUCGCGACGGAGCGACGCGACUCUUGACCCCCAGGCGCCUGUCCGCUCCACUAGAGGCAUGGCCGGUGUACUUGACAUUGAGCGGUCCAGGACGCGUCGAGAUCGAACCUUCAUUGGCAGCCAAUGUACCGUUUGUGACGAGCCUCUGGAACAUACGCUUCGUGGUGAACGCAUACUACAGCUCUCGUGCGGUCAUGUGUCACACGAGGCUUGCUUUUAUGAGUAUAUUCGCGAAUUUGAAUCACAGCACUGCCCCACGUGCGAUGCGACGUUGGGGCUCGAUACAAGUCGCGGAGGGAACGUGCUUGACCUUGAGAAGCUCAGCACUAUAGUGCGUUCCGUCCAAAAUGAUUCAACCCAGACCAGUAGCCAAAGGAGUACCCAGAGCACGCCGACCCCAUGGGAUGACCAAACAUUGACAUCGCGUUCGGAAGAAAAAUCGCAAGGCCGCUCGCGCAACAACAGCGACGUUUCUGGUCGAUACACAACUCCUCACCCAACGCAGCAGCGAGAAAGAAGCCACAGCCACAGCCGGGACCAGAGCUCGGAUCGCGGCGGAUCGCGGUCACGGCAACAUCUGCGCAGCGACAGCGGCGCAACCGGAAUCACCUCUUCGAACGAUUACGCAGCGACGCAAGACGGCAGGCGCCAUGACUAUGACGUGCAGUCGAUGGAGACCAGUCUAAGCAGCCCGCGCGGCCAUUUGAAGUGUCCCAUUCCUGCGCCGACAGUGACUGUUCGAAGCGAAUUCCCAACUCUUAGCAGAUCGCGACAACAGCAGAGUUUGACGUGUCUAGUGACCGUCGAGGUGGUGGAGGGGAAAUGGCGGCCUGACCCUGAGGAUAUCCGUGGCGCCCUACCCCUUCCCUCAAUCGCUAGCGCCACCGGAAGCCACAGACGCGAGAGAUCGCCUGCUCGCAGCAGACAGUCCAACACACCAUCUGUAUCGACGGAAAUCCUGGACGAAAUCACCGAGGAUUUACAUGCGCGUGUUGACAACUGGCACGGUCUUGAUUUCUCUCGGUUUGGGAAGCUGCGGCUGCAUGGCCACAUCCGGGUUGGGAAGGAUCGCCAGUCAUGGCAGGAGCUGGAGUGCUAUCUGUUUGCGGAAAUGCUUAUUUGUGUGAAGGAAAAGAAGGUCGCCUCGCACGCACAAUGGGAUGCCUCGGAAAAGCAGUCCAACAAAAAGCCUAAAUGCGCACUGAAGGGUUCCAUCCUCAUCAAAAAGCACCUUAAGCAAGUCGAGCAUUCACCAGAGGAUUCGGUACUGACCCUCAGCCUAUCCGUCGCGGAACUGCCUGCGUUCCAUCUGCAGUUUCAGGACAGGAACCAGCUGGAAAUAUGGCGCCGCGCUUUGAUGGACAUCGGUCUGGACUUCCCCACCAGCAAUGGAAUGCCUGACUUUGAUCACGACUAUUCUGGAACGGAAGAUGACGACUACCAGAAGCAAAGACGAGUGUCAUCGGUCAAUUCCUCAUACGGCGGAGCUAGGUCGACCAUGACUGCGCCAACCGAAUAUACGAAUUCGCGCAUUGGAAUGCCUGAGCCUCGCAUCUCUGGCUCGGUUCACGUACCCAUCGACAUCGUCGUUGUCAUCCCCGUCUCGUCGUCGAUGCAAGGUUUGAAGAUCAACCUCCUACGCGACACCCUCAAGUUCCUCGUGCAGAGUCUUGGUGAGCGUGAUCGUAUGGGCUUGGUCACCUUUGGCUCUAGCGGAGGUGGUGUUCCUAUUGUUGGAAUGACGAGCAAGGCAUGGAAGGACUGGCCGAAAGUGCUCGACUCGAUACGACCCGUUGGACAGAAGAGUCUACGCGCCGAUGUGGUUGAGGGUGCCAAUGUGGCCAUGGAUCUAUUGAUGCAGCGCAAGUCAAGCAAUCCGAUCUCGAGCAUCUUACUCAUCAGCGACUCAUCGACAUCGGAUGCCGAGAGUGUCGACUUCGUCAUCUCUCGCGCUGAGGCCGCCAAGGUUUCGAUCCACUCAUUUGGCCUAGGGCUGACCCACAAGCCCGAUACCAUGAUCGAAUUGUCGACACGCACCAAGGCUUCCUACACUUACGUCAAGGACUGGAUGAUGUUGCGCGAAUGUGCGGCAGGAUGCCUUGGUUCACUCCAGUCUAUUUCGCAUCAGAACGUGAAGUUGAAGUUGAGAUUGCCGGAAGGCUCGCCCGCAAAGUUUGUCAAGAUCAGUGGAGCAUUGCAAAUCACCAAACGCGCCACGGGAAGGGACGCCGAAGCAUCUCUGGGCGACUUGCGCUUCGGUGAUAAAAGAGAUAUUCUUGUGCAACUAGCCAUUGCACCUGAUGCUGGCUCACCAGAGCAGCUUCCACAGGACCCUUGGGAGACCAUUGUGUCAGGCUUAGAGGCUUUGGGCGGACCAUUUGAUCAAGAAGACUCUCGUACUCUGAGUGUCGAAGAGGUACCCUUGAUCCAGGCUGACCUCACAUAUGGAGAUAUCCUUCGAGAAGGCUCACUUUCACACCUGCCGAGGCCGUCACUACUAGCCAUCACCUUACUGCCUUCGGGCCCACAGAGAAACACUCAUCAUGGCCGACCUCCGACGCCGCCUAUUCCGCCUCAUCCCCACGUCGUCCAGCGCCGUAUGGAAUUGUUGACCUCAGACAUGCUGGCACGUGCACUGACACUUGUCUCGCGAGGACAGCAUGACCGAGCGCAUCAUCUGCUUAAAGAGACGCGAAGUAUCUUGAAAGGGCUUGGAAAGGGAGGCCUGCCACCUCUUCCACCUCCCGGUCACCGACGGAACGACGCUUCGAGUACGACGGGCAGCGGAAGCUCAUCGCCCACCAACAACAGCAAUAGCGGCGAGAUUCGCCGAAGAACACCCUCGCCGCAUGCAAACAGUCCUUUCACACCUGCAGCAGGGAUCGAUGCGAGAACCAUGCAAGCGCUCGACGCAGAGCUCGAAUCCAGCCUGGAAUGGAUCAACCACCCUGCGGUUUUCGGUCGAGAUUCGCGCAAAGCUGUACUGCAGGCAAUCGGUGUUAUUUCUUCGCAACGCGCAUAUACUUUCCGAUCAUCUUCCGAAUCACUCUGGGCGGGGCGCAUCGCGGGCGUCAAGCGUCUUUCAGUAGGUUCGCGCGAAUGGCGUGAAUCUGGCGAUCAAACCGAAGCCCUUAUGGAAGAGAACUAA